AUGUCGAAUUCACCUCCUAAAGCCGGUCCAUCAAGGCAAACUCGAGUGACAGAUGAAGAGAUACCACCUUCCUCGCCAUCACAUCCAAUCUCCAAAUCAAGAUCAGGAUCGAGAUCAAGGUCAAUCUUUUCUGCUGUGCCCUCAAAUCCUGAUGAUAGGAGACAACGUCAAGAUACAGUAUCUACUGAUCCACUAGCAUUUAGUGAUGAUCAGUUUUCUCCUGACAUCAUACGAAAAGCAUCCAAUCAUGCUGAAGAAGGAUCUAAAGCAGAAGAGGAAGAAGAUGAAAUCGAGAUUCAGGAAAUUGAAGGACCGAUCAUACAUCGCCAAACCGCUAAAAGGACACAAGGAAAUCCAAUUGGAAAAUCAAAUAAACAGUUGUCAACCUCAACCUCACUGUUGAAUAAAACAUCAUCUCCUGUACCAAACAGAAGAAGAAUUAGACCAAUAGUUGAAAUUCCUCUUAUGCCCUUGAUAGAAUUAAGGAAAUAUGCUCAUUUACGAAGAGAUACUGCCAAUCCAACGGAGAAGAGUAGAAAAAGAUUACUUGGUGAGACUUCAGAAGGGUCAUCAUAUGAUUCAAGCGAAGGGUCAUCGUCAAUCGUCCAAACAGCUCGUCGAAGAAAUAGGGGAUCAUCAGCAUCAUUCGGAGAUGAUCACAUGUAUGGUAGUCAAGAUGAUACUAGAGCAAGUAUCGUCAGUAUGGAUCUCAGUGAAGAAAGUGAAAUGAGCGAUGAAGAUGGUAUUGCACUGAGGAGAAGUCACAGAUCACAAGGUUUCGAUAGACGUGAAACGAGAGACGAUACAGAUGGCUUGAUAGCGGGUAGAACAAGAGCGAAGAAUCCAGUUGCGCACAAUCCGUCUCCUAUAUCGAUCUCAUCAUCUUCUGAAUCUGAGGACGCUCGAGCAUUCACCUCGAAGAAAGGUAGAGGCAGACCACGAAAAAACAUGGUCUUACCCAGUAAACGCAAGCGAAAAGAAAGCGAAGAUGACUUCGUCGUGUUCUCAUCUUCUUCAGAUGGACUAUUUAGUGACCUUUCAUCUGAAUCAAAUUAUGGCAAACCUAACAAAAAAGGUAAAGCUAAAGCAAAGGUCACGAAAGUGGAAAUCCCAGAAGACGUACUAUAUACUCACAGAGGGUUCUGCGAGAAAUGUUCUCGUGAGCCUGCAGAUGAUAUUCUGGAACGGGCAAUUGCAAGAAAAGAUAGAAAGAAUAAGAAAAAAAGAAGAGACGAUGCGGACGACGAGAUCAGCGACGAAGAACUGGCCGAAAUAUUGGAGGGCUGGAUAGAGUGCGAUAAAUGUGUUGUUUCCUCUCAUUGGGGCUGUCUUGCUCCAAAUCAGAAGAAAGAAGUCCUUGCCGCACUCCGCGAACAAGAUGGACCUCUUAAAGAAGGUGAACGGCUUAGAAAAUCAGUCGCUAUUGACGAAUCCGCCGUCUUUACUUGUGCGAAGUGUAUUCUCAAUCCAGAUUGCUUUGUCUGUCAUAAGGACGAUCUCAGACCCCCAAACGAAAAGCCUAAGGAGGGAGAUGCGGAGGAAGCCAAUGGGCGUGAAGAGCAGCAAGAUGGAAAUGAUGACGAGAUGAAAGUUGAUCGAAUGACCCCUGAAAAGAAAGAGGACGACGGAAAAGGUCCGACGCUCAAGUUUAGAUGUUUGAGAUGUAAACAAUGUGUGCAUUAUGAACAUUUGGAAGUCCCUCAUUCACUUGGGGAUGAUCCUUCUUUACCUGAAGUAGCAGAUCAUUAUCAAAAUCAUACUGGUGGCAGACAAGCUUGGAUUUGUCAUCAAUGUAGAGCUUUCAUAUGGACAGUUGAUGCAAUCAUCGCUUGGAGACCUUCACCGCCCAAUGCUAAAGAGCCAGAACUCGAAGAUGAUGAGAAAGCGAAUUGGAAGGAUACUCUUCCUCGAGAAUAUCUCGUUAAGUGGACUGGAAGAAGUUUCAGACAUGUCACUUGGGUUCCGCACCCAUGGCUCCAGGUUCUCUCAGCCCAAAGGCUCCGUCGCUUUCUCGAAAAAGGUCCAGCUCUCGAUCUCAUUACCGAUGAAACCCUCGCUGCCAAAGGAGACGAGAUCGCCGAACCUACUAUUGCUAAGCUUACUGCAGAAGAUGAUACAGUGACUGGACGAAGAUCAGGAUUUGGUCAUGAUCAGAAUGGCCAAGACGGUAAGACGCAAUGGAAGGGUAUCGGACCUGGGCCUGAAGCAGAUGCGGAAGGUGCUUUACCAAUCGAAUGGAGUACAAUCGAUAGAGUUUUAGAUGUCAUGCUGCUUCCCCCUUCGAGGGGUCAGAAUAACCUUCAAAAGAGAGGAAAACGAAUCAUGUCAACUUCCCUUUCCGCAUCUGCGUCAGGAUCACCUCUUCCUGACUUCAGAUCGAACGGCAAUUUCGUCAAUUCAGCAAAUGUGAUGCGGCAAAAGUAUGGAUUGAAAGAUGGGCAAGAACCGCCUAGAGACAUGCAGAUGGAUAUUGAUCUGUGGGAAGAGAAGACAAACAGGGAUCUCGAUGAAGAUGACAUAGACGAAGUAGCAGGUUUAGUUACUUGGUGCUUCGUUAAAUGGGAUGAUCUUCAAUAUGAUCAGUCAACAUGGGAUACACCACCACCUGCGACGUCUCCACUCUAUCCAGCAUUCAAACGUGCCUUGGCUCGAUUUCUUCGGGCAAGAAAAGUUGACAUACCAGUUCUCACAGGAGAGCAACGUACGAUACGUGAUAGUGCAGCUGCGGGUCUAUUCAACCCACCAAAGGAGCAAUCGGAAUGCAUCGUUGGAGGGACUCUGAUGCCAUUCCAAAUGCAAGGGUUUCAGUGGCUGCUCACUAAACACUUCAGGAGAGAGAGCUGUAUACUGGCUGAUGAUAUGGGAUUGGGCAAAACAAUCCAAAUUGCUUCCGUUCUGGGAUAUUUGGGAUCAAACAAAUACAAGAUUUACCCUUGUCUGGUGAUUGUUCCCAAUUCAACUAUCACUAAUUGGGUAAGGGAGUUUGAAAAAUGGGUUCCCCAUAUGAGAAUUGUUCCUUACUAUGGAGAAGCAGCUUCUCGAAAGAUCAUCAGCAAAUACGAAUUAUACCACAGGGGUAUGCAGAAUAAAGCUGCAGGAUUGAAAGCGCAUGUUGUCCUCACAACUUACGACAUGAUCACGGGAAACGAGUUUAGGGUUUUCGGGAAUAUACCUAGAUGGGAGGUGUUGUGUGUUGAUGAAGGUCAAAGGCUCAAGUCCGAUGGCAGUCUGAUCUUCAACCGACUCAAAACCUUGAACAGCGUUCAUCGAAUCCUCCUUACAGGCACACCCCUGAACAACAAUCUUAGAGAGUUAUUCAAUCUUUUGAAUUUUCUCGAUCCCGUGGCUUUCCGGGAUCUGUACGAUCUGGAGAAAAGAUUCUUGAAUUUGAACGAAUCAUUAGUCACUGAGUUACAUGAGAUGAUAAAACCUUUUAUUCUUAGAAGGAUCAAAGGCGAUGUAUUGAAAUUACCCCCGAAGAUCGAAAUCAUCGUUCCUAUCUCUUUAACGCCAUUGCAAAAACAAGUUUAUAAAGGUGUAUUUGAACGUAAUGCGGAAUUGAUUCAAGUCCUCUUACGAGCCAGGAAGAAGAAGCUCAAGUCUGGGAGGUAA